AUGCCUUAUUGCAGAAGCCAGUCUCCGUCAUCAUUUUCGCAGCAUCUGGCAAGAGAAAUGAAAGUUUGGGGGAGAUUGCGCCAUGAAAAUAUCGCUCGCCUCUACGGAUAUAUCGCCAAGGUGAAAGAAAACGUAUUAACUGCCGGCUUUGUCUCGCCUUGGUGCCAAAAUGGAACCAUCACAACCUACCUGAAAUCCAAUCCACGGGCAGACAGAUUCACAUUAUUUCGAGACGUUUCGUGUGGGCUCCGAUAUCUCCAUACUCACGAGCCACCCAUAGUUCACGGGGAUAUCAAGCCUGACAAUGUUGUCAUCGGAGAUAACGAGAGAGCGUUGAUAACCGACUUUGGACUAUCGAAGAUCAUGGACGGUGUCAAAACGGGCCAAACUAGCACAAACUUUGCCAUUUCAGGGAGCCCAAGAUAUAUGGCUCCUGAAUUGAUGCGUGACACGGAUGGGAAACCAUUGCGCACGCCGAAAUCAGACAUUUGGGCUUAUGGAUGCACAUCAAUGCAGAUCCUCGUCGACAAACCACCAUACGCGGAGAAAAACAAUCUACAAGUAUUUCACUGCCUCCUGGGGGGCCAAUCUCCCUACGACUGGGAUCUUAAUGUCGAAUACGAGCUCGUUUUUUCCAUGUGUUGUCAUCAAGAACCUUCCGACCGACCCACGAUAGGCGCCGUAGUUGAGAAGCUUGCAUUUUCACGCGAAUAGUCUGCUGGGCCGGAUUCCCUUCUCGAACUUUGUUAAAACGUCGGAUAACUAUCAUAUUGUUACUGUAUCUAGUAGUAGUCUUGGGGCGGUGCAAAGGGUACAAUACUCAUUAGUCGUCAUCAGAACCAGAGUAGUCUCCUGUCCCCAGUUACAGAACUGAGUCAGGGCAGGAAUCUUGUACACCAAGUGUAAAUCAAAACGUCACGAUGCCACUUUUGAAGGAAUAGACUUCUGGCAUCACCAGCUCCCUUAGGUCCUCAGUGAU